UGGGAAGAGCCAGGCUGAGCCUUAUAAAGGACUGCUCUUUGUCCAAACACACACAUCUAGCUCAUCCUUCUCCUCGUGACACUUCCCAGCUCUGCCUUUUUGAAAGCAAAGAUGAACAACACUCAAGCUGAGACGUCCAUAAUAGGCAUGAUCGACAUGUUUCACAAAUACACCAGACGUGAUGACAAGAUUGACAAGCCAAGCCUGCUGACGAUGAUGAAGGAGAACUUCCCCAACUUCCUUAGUGCCUGUGACAAAAAGGGCACAAAUUACCUGGCCAAUGUCUUUGAGAAAAAAGACAAGAAUGAGGAUAAGAAGAUUGAUUUUUCUGAGUUUCUGUCCUUGCUGGGAGACAUAGCCACAGACUACCAUAAGCAGAGCCACGGAGCGGCGCCCUGUUCCGGGGGAAGCCAGUGACCCAGCCCCACCAAGGGGCCUCCAGAGACCCCAGGAACAAUAAAGUGUCUCCUCCCACCAGA